CACACCACAUGUUAACCCCACGUGGGCACUGUUGUAAUGCAUUUUAACCUCAUAUACCGAGCCACAGGGUUAUCUAGAGUCCCCAAAAGCUUUAUUCAGGUCUUAAGAGCAGGAGAACACCACCGGGGAGAGGUAAAAAGACAGCUAUCCCUCAGUGCCUCAGCGGACGGGACUGGGUCUGGUUGCAUUCACUCCACCGCUCUCAACCAGUCAACCCAAAAGGCGUGUUCCCGGGCCCUUUCCUCCUCCCUGCCGCUGGUAAUGUCCACGCACAAGACCGAGGACUCGCCUACCAAGAUAUACACCGGAAUGGCCAACGGGUUAGGUCCAAAAACGCCCUUCCUGAUCGGGGUGGCUGGCGGCACGGCUUCGGGCAAGUCCACAGUAUGUAAACGCAUCAUGGAAAAGCUUGGCCAGGACGACAUAGAACACUCCCAGCGCCGAGUCGUCUGCAUAUCCCAAGAUUCCUUUUACAGACCCCUCAACCCAGAAGAGAGUUCCAAGGCCUUAAAGGGUGUCUUUAACUUUGACCAUCCUGAUGCUUUUGACAGCGAACUCGUGUUGAAAAUUCUCCAGCAAAUCCUUGACGGCAAAAUCUGCAAAAUCCCAAACUAUGAUUACGUUACCAACUCCAGACUGGAAAGCACCACCACCAUAUACCCGGCGGACGUGGUUCUCUUUGAGGGCAUCUUGAUGUUCUACCAGCCAGAGAUACGGAACCUCUUUCACAUGAAGCUGUUUGUGGACUCGGAUGCAGACACACGGCUGGCCAGGAGAGUGAUGCGAGACACGAGGGAGCGCGGCCGGUCCCUUGAGCUGGUGUUGCAUCAGUACACCAACCUCGUCAAGCCGGCCUUCGAGGAGUUCUGUCUACCUACCAAGAAGUUUGCUGACGUCAUCAUCCCACGAGGAGCAGAAAAUAUUGUUGCCAUUAACCUUAUAGUGCAGCAUAUCCAAGAGAUUGUCAACGACCGCUCAGGAAAUGGCUCCGGAAACGGGACUCACCAAAGAUCACGAUCAAACUCUGAUUCUAAGAUCCGAUAAGCAAAGACUUGCAGGAAAGGCAGACCCAGACUUGUUUAUUUUUGUAUCAGCCUUAAUCGCAUUGUCUACCACAUGUAGCUACCCUCCAGGGGUGGAGGGCUGGGGUGUGCUUGCCAAGCUCAUUAUUUCCAAGAUACUCGGACGUUAUAGUUUUUCAUGUUCAGUUAAUGUCUUAGUACAUUAAGGUUUUUAACAUAUAUUUUUUUAAUAUUUUCACAUGCUCAGACCAAUAGUUCUUCCUACCCACAUUGUCUGCAGUACAAACUGUUGAUAAGUUACACCGAGGAAACCACUGAUGGCACAGAGGAAGCAGGAAGCAGUAAAAAUUUGCCAAAACACACACACACACACACACACACACACACACACACACACACACACACACACUGAAGUAAUAGGGACUUGUAAUGCACAAUCUGUGACAUUCAAGAGAAGCCAAGCUCAAAACCCACCAGACAGUCUUUUCAGGCCUUCAGACAGCACAAUCUGCUCACCUCCAUGAGACAGCAAAUUGCCUUCACAGAAAAGUUUUUGAUUAUAUUUUUAUACAGUUUUUUUAUAUAUUAAGUUUUGAAAACCUGUAUCACCCAAUACCUCAGAAUUUUUACAUUCUGAUGUUCAAUGAUAUGUUUUGUAGGUAUGCCAGUGUUGCUAGGAGACAUAGCAUAGAUUGUAAUCACUUGUUUCAAGCUGACAUUAACAACAGUAUAUAAUAGCAAUCCAUAUUGAUGUGUUGGUAGCAAAGUUAAGGGAAACGAACAACCCAAAGUAUAAGGUGGCCCCCAACUUAUACUCCGGGCCCCUGAUGAGAGCCCAAGGCAUGGUGACUGUGGCCCCGCAGGAAGACUCAGUCAGGGCCCGGCCACAGUCACAGCUUUUUUUGUGGUUCAUUUUUAUUUUUUAUGCUAAUUUAAAAGAAUAGGUCAGUACGUCACAGCCACAAUACCUUUCAUGCUUUCAUGUUCUUCACUGUAUUUUAAAUGACUGACGUUUUGCCUCAGUGCAAAUAUUCUUCAUUUCUGUCUUCACAACUGAAAUUUUGAAUAGUUGUUCUGCUGAUUAUGUUUUAAGGGCGGGUUGUUUCACCCCUGUAUUUUAAUGCAUUUAAUUUAAAGCCUUUGGUAAUCUUAGUUGUCAUUUGCUACCUUCACCUCUCUUCCCAUGCAGAACAGUGGUUAAGAGUUACUCUGCACUCUCAUAAGUUUGAAAUCAUUUUUAUAGAGAAACUUCAUUCCAGUAUUCACAGUCGUGGUACAAGCAGCAAAACCCUUUGUUUGUUUGUUCAUGACAACACAUGAGUUUAGGAUCCAUGAUGUGAGAUUCAAGCUUGUUACCUUUUACUCUAAAUUUUGAAUCCUUCGAAUGUUAAAACUCAAGCCUCCGUGCGCCUGUACCGGCACAGACUGCACUGUCACGGCCAGGCACCGCCCUGGCAAAGCAGGAGUCAGUAUAAGUAUGACAUUGACAUGAGAUGUGACUCACUGACAAGUAAGGUCUGGGCAAUAUCAAUUCCCUGAGUCACAGUCUCAGAAUAAUGACCUUAAAAAAAUCAGCAUAAAUUCAUUCCUGACAAUCUAAAUCAUUGAUGUGUUUGUGUUUGUUGUUGUGUGUUGCCCUGCCGUGAAGUCGUGUCUAGUAUUUUGUAAUUAUCUCACUGAAUCACUGAGGACUCGGCAUUGUCACUGACUGUUGUAAAUUGCUGACUUGAACUUUAGAAAGGUGUAGAGAGCCAGAGCUAAGUGUGCGUGUGUUGUCCCUGUGACCUGGCAGUGAUGCGGCCACUCUUGUGCUCACGGUGUUUUUAAAUGACUGACGGCCUGAGACUUGGUGGUCAUGACCACGGUUCAGGAAAAUGCAAACCAAAGCUUUGUUUUGAUGGAUUCAUCAUUGUUAUUAUUUAAAGUAUUAUAGCUGUAAGCUGUUAUUGCCUCAAAGCAUUGUUUUGGUGAGCUCAUCCCUGCUACACUGUCUUUGAUAUUGACAAGUGCCCGCGCAUCACCAGUCAUUCACUGCCUCACCAGCACACCGCCAGGCUGUGUGACACACGCACACUCAGCCAAGGCCAGACCAACCAUAUUCAUAUUUCUUCCAGACAUAUGUGCAAUAUUUGAUAUAAUCAUUACAGUAGGUACAAUAAUUUUAAUUUUAUAUCAAGAAAAUUGGCAAUAAACAAAAAAGUAAAAACUAAUUUUCUAUUCACCAGCUCAACGCCUCAACUCUUUCCUGAGGUGUUAGUUUUUUUGCGUGCUGUUAGUGUGGGGAGGAAGGCAGCGGGAGGUGUGUGCCUCGGGGGGGCCAUGGGGCAGGGACAAGCCUGUCGUGUCUCAUUAUGCAGUGUGGACCUUGAACAGUCUCUCUCUCUCUCUCUCUCGCUCUUGCUCUCUCUUGUCUUCCCCCUCUCCUCUCCUCUCAAUGGAGGCACAAAAAGCAGGGUUACACCACAGGUUGCUGCCAUUAUUGCUCAUUACAAAUUGAUAAUGUUUGUUCCAACAAUAAAAAAUGUUAGUAAAUGACACAUGCUUGUGGAGCCUCAUAUUUGUUGGGAUUUCUAAAGUCUUGCUUGAUGGAAACAAUGAACCAUCAGAAAGUCCUUCAUCACAGAGUUACUCACUCCCUGUCACAAUUACUCUUUCCCGGGCAGCUUGUCAUUUGAUGACAUUAAAUCAUAUUGAAAUAUAUGCAGAAUAUCUCAUUGGAUGUGAAUUUUAAAGAAUGCCAACAAGAUGAGAGCUGAAAACCUAUAACAUCAUUGAUCCUUGAUUCCAUGGGACUCCUGAGGACAGUAUCUUUUCCUCCUUCCUUCCCAACCUUCUGAUGUGUCGCUCAGUCUCAGGACGGCCGGGUAGAUUUUUUCCCAUGUCAGAAGCAUCUCAGUCUGCCCAAGAAAGCUUUAUAGAGUAAUUAUUGGCACUCUGGAGCAAAAGUGAAAAUUAAGUGAUAUCCAAAUUAAUUUGAAGUGUGUGUAAAGGAAUCUUCAUAAUUGUGUGUUUUAUAAUUCUGUGACAUUACACCAUUUCAUUUUUCUUCCCAUUGCUAACAAUAUGUUGCAUCCUGGUCCGUGCAUGCCAAGGCCACUCAGAAACAUGCCAUGAUUUUAUUCCUGGUUAGUGAGUGUCAGAGCACACACACACGGCAACAUAUCAGGGAACUACCAUUGACACACUUGUAGAUAGAGGAAUGAGUAUUAAGGUUGUGCUUUGCAGUUGUUUUGUAGUGACUUUGAUUGAUCAUAAUAAUUGUGAAAUUAUACCAAUUUUAGAUUAUGUUUAGUUAUGGCCAUUUUAUAUUGACGGUUAGUGAUUGAAUGUUACAUAGAAGAUCAGCUUGCAUGAUGAUGAUGCCACUUUUUUCACUAGAAACACUCCGUUCCUUGCCAGUGCAUUUUUCAACCUCCUUUAAAGAUUAUAGACUGGCUGUACUUACUGCAUGAAAAUAUUAAUUUAUCAAUGGUCCAGUUUUGUUGGCAGUGUUAACUAAUUCUCAUGCAUGAUUACCAAUGCCUCCAAAUUUACUUUCUCUUGAAAUCCAUCAGUUGCUGUCCUCCUGAUUUACUUUCCACAGAGGCCCACCAACAUGAGUUUUGUUUAACUCUAGUUUCCCCGGUAGACUCAUGUCAACAUCUCAUGACUGGUCUUGAAAAAUAAGACAUGACUAAACUUAGUUUAUGCUUUGAACUUUGCAAGGUUGUGGCGGUGUAACCGCUGCCUUAAGAACCUCCACUCUCUGCACGCCACAGUGUGUUAACUUGGCGGUGACCAACGGGUCACUCAGAGACCUGGUGGCUGUGAGAAGGGGACUAAAAGAUGCUUAUUUGGGCUAAUAUACAAAUUAAAAUUGUGAGCAAUGAUUUAUCAUCCUGGCCCAAGCCAGUAUGAUAUUUUCAGCAGCAUUUAAUACUUUACUAAUGUGGUUAAAAGCAUCAUAUCCUAUUGCCAUGUUUUGUACUAAAACAAAACCCAAAACAUGUCUAUGCCAUAUAACAAUUAACGUGAUUGAUAUUCUUGGGAUGCACAAGAAAGGCAGUGCUUGGGGGACAUGCACCAGGCUCACCUGCUGGUUGCUCCACCCGUGUCCUGUGCUUGGGACACUAACAGCAUCACUCGUGGUGCACUCGUAUUAUUCAUCUUAUUUAGUGUUACGGAGGCUACUCCACAAAUUUUCCAUUCAGUUUGUCCUCCCUAUUUUCCUUUUGGUCAACUGCAUGCUUGCGAAUGAAACUUGGGUUCAGUGAGAAUCUAGAAGUAACAUUACUUAACUGAAGGAAACAAAGUAGUGCAUUACACCAACAUUAACAAGACUGUGCCGCCUCAUCUCUCACACGUUCCAGUCACCACACACCCACUCGCCACACCUCUCCACACACAAGCAAAUUCCAAACAGAUAAUGUUCUAAGACAAAACAGUCCACAUGUACACUGACUUUACAUACGCACCUCAGUUGUGGGUGUGGGUGUGCAUGUAUGUAUGUGUGUGUGUGUAAGCAUGAGAUUGUGCAUGUUUCUGUGCAUGUAUGUGUGCAACACAUUCUCUUGUGAUGGGUAGCGAACUCCAAUAUUAUGAUUUUUCCCUAAGAGGGAAACAUUUGCAUUAUCUUACAUUGCUUACUGUGGAAAAAGGUCAUAAAAAUGUGAGAUGUUUCUGGAGCUUGGAUGACAUCCUCACAUGGAGCAAUCCAUAGCUCUUUAUUAUCUUGAAAGAGUAAUAGUUUCUCAUUUAUUCAUUACUGCUAAUUGUUAAGUGUUUGAAAGGCAAGAUAAUGGCAGACUCAUCAUCAGUGCUCAGCCAAAGCCACAAGACACUGUAUCAGUAUAUGUCAUGAUAUAAUGCAUGCUGGGUAUAUACAUAUGCUCACUAUGAAGCAGUAUUUUAUAAAGGUAAUAGAUAUCAUUAACCUGUGUUUCAUUAUUCAUAAUGCUUUUGUUCUCAAUCAUCUGGCAUUAAGAAUUUGACGCCUCAUUUACAUCACUGAGUGUGGUUCAUGGUGACGGGAUCAGGUUGCCGCCAACUCUGUGCAGCAGAGUGCAGCGGGCUGGCACUUCCAGUGGUUCCUGUGUGGCCUCAGUGAAAGAGGAGGUGAGGGCAAAACGGUGGCUGUUAUGAAGCCUCACUGUGACACAUUCAGUUUCUGCUGGGUCUGCUCCUUGCCACAAGUCCAGGAGUGUUAAUUGAUAUACAAAAUUUAAUAUAAACAAUCAUAAGAUAAUAAAAAUAAGAGCUUUGAUCUAAGUGAUAAAUUGGACUGUAUGUUGAUAUAUUCUGGGCAAGGAGAAAUUAAUUAAAUGUGUACAAUGGAAAACAUGACGGCCCAGUGUUAACACACCUCAAAGACUAUCUGGCCAGCCCUUUUUGGACGUGUUGCUAUUUUGUUUUAAGUUCCAUGCAUGUUAACCUUCCCUCAGUAAUGCAUAUCCAGUCAAACACAGAAACAGUAAUAUAAACCUUAUAUUAUAAUGUUCUUGAAAAAAAAACCUGUUGACUUCGUCACAGACGGCACCUUGAGCACACCAACAAAGAGUUGUGGGGAUGAACGCUUCACCCACAACCCACGGCCAGUGGAGGCUCAUCCCAUUACCACACUAGUGUGGGGGAUAUUUUUAGUGGCACAGUGUGUGUGUGUGUGUGUGUGUGUGAAUCAAACAGGAGCUCAUUCGCAGGCUAACCAUUCAUGCAUACUCAUAUAAUUUUGUGACGCAGCGCUGCACUUCCUCUUAAAAUCUUUGUGUUCAUGGUUUGGGGUAAUGUUAUACCAUUUGCUGAGGUUUAUGCUUACAGGACGAGGAAGAUAAUGUACAUCAGUAUACGCAUACAUAGAGUGUAGACGAUUAUAUUGACAGUAAAUAGUUUUUACGAAGCAGAA